CGGCAGCAGGGAGCGUGUUUAUUGUCCGGGACGGGAUAUGUGUCUGUGCGGUCCGGGAUCUGAGAUUUUUUUGGGGUGGUGGCUGUUUGUUUGACUGGAGUAAAUGCGCUGGAAUGCAGUUGACCAGCUAACUUACCCGGCCGAGUUUGAGCGAAAUUUCGGAUUUUACCUCGACUUUUCUCGAGCCGAUCUUCUUUUCCCUGUGGACUCGUUUUACCGGUCAUAGCAACUUUUAUUGAUUAAUUCACAGAUCUGAGUGCUAACGGCAUACACAGAUGCAGGCCAUAAAGUGUGUGGUGGUGGGGGACGGGGCUGUAGGAAAAACAUGCCUGCUGAUCAGCUACACAACCAAUGCUUUCCCUGGAGAGUACAUCCCGACUGUGUUUGACAAUUAUUCUGCUAAUGUGAUGGUGGAUGGGAAGCCAGUAAAUCUGGGACUGUGGGAUACAGCAGGACAGGAGGAUUAUGACAGGCUUCGACCACUGUCCUACCCUCAGACGGAUGUGUUCUUGAUCUGUUUCUCUCUUGUGAGUCCAGCCUCAUUUGAGAAUGUCCGUGCAAAGUGGUAUCCAGAGGUCAGACAUCAUUGCCCCAACACCCCCAUUAUACUUGUUGGAACUAAACUUGAUUUGAGAGACGACAAGGACACAAUUGAAAAGUUGAAAGAGAAGAAACUCACUCCGAUCACCUACCCUCAAGGCCUCGCUAUGGCCAAAGAAAUAGGAGCUGUGAAGUACCUGGAAUGCUCAGCCUUAACACAGCGUGGCCUUAAGACAGUGUUCGAUGAAGCCAUUCGUGCUGUACUGUGCCCGCCCCCGGUGAAGAAAAGAAAGAGGAAGUGUUUACUUCUCUGAAUUGACUGCAAACUGCAGCAGCUGCAAUCUGAGCUCACCUAAGAGGAGAACAAUUGAGGCGGGGAUUGUGGGAAAUGUGAGUUGGGGAAGGAGUAUUCUGCACUGUGUAUCCAUGCAGAUAUUGCUCUCUCUUACAUUGUAAUUAGAGUUACACAAUUAACUAGCUAUUAAAAUGGCUAAGAAUUUGCUUCCGAGAGCUGGGGAGAGGCAUCUAUAUUUUUUUCCCUUGUACGCUGAAAAAUUCCUGCUGCCUUCUAUUAAUGUACUUUAUUUUUUCCUAAUUUUUGCGUUAAUAAACUAAAUACUCCUUUCAUUUUUGGUUUGUUUGUCCCUCUGUGAGCCCAUAUAUUUUGUUUACAAUCUGUUUUGUGUAGAAAAUGAAUUAUUGCCAAAAGUUAAACCUAAAUAAGUAAUGGAUUUUAUUUUGCUGACACUAACGAUCUUUUUUUUUUUUUUUUUUUAAGAUGGAAAGUUAAUCAUGCAUGCUUGCUAGAUUGCAGUAAUAUUGAAGGAUCUAUUUUAGAGUGGACCCUUGGAAAAAACACAGAAACGGUUAUCGGUUCACAUGAUAUAAAAUGUAUUUUGUUUAACGGAGUAAGAAAUGUACCUAGUUAAAAAUGCAUAUAACAGCUUUGUGUUGUCAGCAUAUUGCUUAUAUUCACUACUGUAUUUUUUCCUACUUUUUAAUCUUUAUCUCUAUUGUCGUCAGUCUGUUGGAGUUUGGAAGUGUUCUGUCAAUUUUACAGACCCUCAGUAUUGUAUGUAGACCAAUAUUCCAGUGCCUAGUAUCAAAACAGGAUUUCGUUGGAAGGCUGAUCAUGCCAUUUGUACCCUAAAUUAGAUGCCUUUUCAAAGUGGAUUCUUGUUAACAGUAAUUGAAAAGAUGGAAACUAUAUACAGUGCAUCCGGAAAAUUUUCACAGCCCUUCGCUUUUUCCACAUUUUGUUAUAUUACAGCCUUAUUCCAAAAUUGGCCCCAGUACCCUUCCCCAGAUCUGUGCCUUGAUACAAUCCUGUCUUGGAGGUCUACGGAUAAUUCCUUGGACUUCAUGGCUCGGUUUGUGCUCUGACAUGCACUGUUAACUGUGGGACCUUACAUAGACAGGUGUGUGCCUUUCCAAAUCAUGUCCAAUCAACUGAAUUUACCACAGGUGACUACAGUCAAGUUGUAGAAACAUCUCAAGGAUGAUCAGUGGAAACAGGAUGAACCUGAGCUCAAUUUUGAGUGUCAUGGCAAAGGCUGUGAAUAAUUAUGUAUGUGUUUUUUUUUUUUUUUCAUUAGUUUUUUUAAUACGUUUUCAUAGAUUUGAAACAAACUUCUUUCAUGUUGUCAUUAUGGGGUAUUAUUUGUAGAAUUAAGGAAAAUAAUAAAUUUUGGAUAAGGCUGUAACAUAACAAAAUGUGGAAAAAGUGAAGCGGUGUGAAUACUUUCCAGAUGCACUGUAAAUGGUUUGUUUUUAGGGCACAGACAUCUAAAGGAUUAAACUUCUAAUUGGUGUUCAAACACAGUUAAAGGGGAAAUGGUUGCAUUUUGCCACAUAGAAUGUUUAAUUUCUUUGACAAAGGCCAUUUGACAUGCUUUAUUCAUGCUUUUAACUGUCUCCACUAAAUGUAUUAAUCCGCUACAAUUUAUUAAUCUUUAUGUCUGAAAUAGAAAUUGAAUCUAAAACAUUUAUUGUUGUCCUUUUGUUUUCUGUGUUCUGAAAUCAUUACAGUUAUCUGCAUAAUAUUGAGUCUUAAAGGAAUGUUCCAGGUUCUAUGCAAGUUAAGCUAAAUCUACAGCUACAUUAUAUGCGUAAACAUGAUUUUAGUGUGAUAAAAUUGCUAACAAUAUCAGUAUAAAGUUGGCAUGGGCUGGUUACCGGUUUCAAGGUAUACCGUUCCUGCAAUUUGAGCACUUUCUCAUCAAAGACUGAAAGUGCAGGAAUCCCUCAGUUUGUGUGCAGCAUAAACAGAUUAAAACGUAUGAAGGUAUUUUUGGUGCAAAACAACUGCGCACCUGUGACAGUGGAAUAUGUAGUUGUAGAGAUAAGCCACACAUGUGUAUCAGUAAAUUUGAAGUCACAGAAAACAGUUGCAAACUUGUAGAUUUUUUUUUUUCUCUCCCACUAACACAACAUAACAGUUACACCUUCUCAAAUUCUUCAUUGCAAGUUCACAAAUCCUUUUCUACGAAUCACAAAUAGAAACUUUUCUACAGUUGUUGCAGUGAAUAUGGUGCAAAACACAUUCACACACCAGCAUCAAAAAAUGUGAAGUCAUGGACAAAUUUUGCUCAUCUGCAAAUCAGUAUGUGAAAUCAUCCAAUGAGAGUUGCACACUUGCAGAAUAUUUUCUCAAAUAUUUUAUUUUUUUCUUGGAUAUUUUUCUAGCACAAACACAAGUAUAUAACUACAACUGAUUGAAUCUGCUGCUACGAUUCUCAAACGCUGUUUUUCGCGCGCUCUCCCUUUUGCACCACAUAUCUGUGUAAAAUGUGGAGAAAAAGUGAUUUGCGCAUCUGUAGAGGCGGCAGCAGCUGGCACUGUUCAGAGACCAGAGAAUUUUAGCCAAUCAGAAGAGCUAGUUUGUGCGCCUCACCGUUGGCGGAACAAAUCGCCCGAACGAGUAGGGGGAAAAAACCUCCACGUGCAUCUUCCCGAGCUGGCAGUUGAAAAUCCCAAUAAAGUUAUGGUUUUAUUUUUUUCUUACUUUUUCUGAAAUCACUCACUGUUAUACAUUUGGUUAUAGUUUAAAUAUGCACGCUGGUCUCUGUGGUCAAGACAGCCACGAUUUAAAUUAGGUUGCGCGCAUAUUGCAGUACUCACGGUAAUUUGCGGAAAGAACAGAAAUACUUCCUUUCUGACUCCUGUUUAGUGAAGAAGAUUGCGAGUCUUACUAUAAUUACGAAAACGUGUUUAAGUGUUUGUGACGUGCUGGUGUUUAUUAAUAUGUUUGAUUAACCUAUGUGAAAGUGAAAGACUUUUGGAUAGGUCAGGUAAAUAAUUUAUUACCAAAGUGUUGUAAAUUUACUUAACAUUACAUUUACAUAUUGCAUAUAAUAAAUGUUAAUUUUCUGCCAAGGACCUCUCAUUGUCAUUCAUAUGUACCUUGUUAUAAGCUUUGAAUUGUAAAUCCUGAAAGUCAGAUUUUGAGAAAAUUAAAGGCAAAAUCACACCAAAUUUCAAA